UGAAAGUCAUCUUCGACCAGUGAUGUUUUGAUAUCUUGGCAAGAAUUAUGUAAGCCGGAUGGUUGACACGUGAUAAGAUUGCGAGAUCUUAUCAAUCACGUGGUUAGUUAUCGGCCGCGAAUCUGCUGACGCGGCUGCCAAAAUACGGUUUUGCCAGGGACCGGGCUGUGUUUCCCUCUUCGCUUGUGUCAGGCACCAGCCAAAACCCGCUCAUCCCUCCUCUUCUCAACCUUCUCUCCUCAGGCAUUUGCUCAAUGGAGUCUUGAUCUCGAGGCCAGCAGGCAGCUCACAUUUCGACAACCUCACGAUGAAGUACUGUUUGCUUCAAGGUCUUUUCGUUUCUUUGUCUUUAUCCGCUCUCAUUCCUUCUUCUCCAGUUAAAACCGAACCAAAGGAUAUCACAACCGUUGCGGGCACAACAGGUCCUGAUCACGUCUCGAUACAUUUCCGAGCACCUUGCCAAGGAUGUUUUAUUGGUACAGAUGACGGAUUGGAAAUCACCCUGGAUAUCGACUCGGCCGAUGAGGAGUGUAGCAGUUCUCCGCCACGAUUGAACGGGUUUCCGCUUUCCUUGACGAACAAAGAGGCCCAUGGACGUAUCGCAUUCAAAUCGAGGGCUUCCAAUGGUCUGGGCGAAAAGGAAGUUCUGGCCUCUUGGGAGUCGACAUGUCUCAAGGGUCAGGCCUCAGUAAUCUCUGUCCGAUUUGACGAUAUUGUUGGCCACAAUUCCGUCAAGGAGAUCUCCGGGUUCACUACAUCAUUCAAACAGAAGGGCCACCCCGCAGUCCUCCGUCUUCAAGACAAACCACUCAAACAUGUCUCGUCACAGGUUUGCGAUGAGUGGCUUUCGGAGAGGUUGUCAGUCACACCUGUGAUGGAAGACCCUAAACCUUCGCUGGAUGCCCUUCUGCAGAUCGAGUAUAUGCAUCUGGACAACCUCAAGGCUGAAAUGGGAGAACUGCAUGAACGUAUUCGACACACUGAGGGCAGAAUCAUGUCCAUUCUCAAGCAAGAUUUUAAAGCGUGUUCGACUAUGCAGUGUCUAUGGCGGACUGCUAUCCAGAAAGCUCCUGCUAUCUCGAAGUUCAUUGGUCUUCACUUUUCACAUCACCAUGAGGAAGGAUGCAAAGGACCGACGUGUCCGAAGAAAGACAUGCAUGGCAUGGGCGGUCCUCCUAAGCAGGUCGAUGUACCGUCACCUACUCAGUCUCGUUCAUUGCCGUCGGCUUCGAAGGGUCCUGAGAAGGAGCACAAGCCACAUCAUGCACCUGAAGGAAAGCCAACAGGGCAUGAUGGACCGGGGAAAGAACACGAACAUCAUGGCAAACCAGAUGGACCCCCACACGGUCGUCCAGAAGGGUUGAAACAUCCACCUCAGGGACCUCACGGUCCUCCUCAUGGCCCCGAAGGCGAGCACCAUGGCCCUCCUCAUGGCCCUGAAGGGGAACACCAUGGCCCUCCCCAUGGUCACCCAGAGGAGUUUUCGGAACACCAUGGCCCUCCCGACGGUCCCCCUGAAGGUCCUCCACCAGACCACCAUGGGCCUCCUCACGGCCCUCCUGAAGGCUUCCCACCGCCUCCACCAGGGCCUCACGGUCCUCCCCGUGGGCCUCCUAGACAUGCAAUCUUUGGAUUCCGAGGACGACGCAGUUUCGAAUAUAAACUAUCAUUGUCUGUGAUCUCACUACUGCUACUGGUCAUAUUGUCGGCAUUAAUCUUCCGUCUCAUCAAAUCAAAGAGCUCCUGGUAUAAGGACCCUCGACGGCGAGCUGAAAGAGCCGCUCGUAAAGAAGAACGUCGGACAAAGAAGGCAUAUCGCAAAGCUGCAUGCAAACACAAGUGGUCAACAUGGUGGAGGAGUCACCGUGAACGCUCGGGCGACUACGAAGAGAAGAGACAGAUGAUCCUGGAGCAGGAAGAGAAAUAGUCCGUGCCGAGGAGGGUCGGGCACGAGGAUACGACGUCGAA